AUGGAUGACUCGGAUGACCACAACCGAAGCACUGCAGACAUCUUGCCGGGGCUUCAGUUGGGAUCUGAGGAGAAAGUCCCAGGGUCACUCGGUCGGACGCAGGACUUCCUGAUCUCGGCUCUUCUGAAUGAAGAGACAGCUCAUCCAGGUCACAAUGACGGGUCCCAUGGCAAGCCACCACUGGCACCAGAUGGACACAUAGAAGAUCUUCCCACCUCGAAGAUUGCCACCUUGAGAAACUUUCUGCAUAGCUCCAGCUCAGCCACUGACGCCAUGGCAAAAAGGGUCUCAGGCUUCGUGGCUAGCUGGACGCAACCGCCUCGUGGGAAGAGGAAUGCAGAAGGCUACGGCUUCGUCACCGAAGACGGCCGUGAGUCGGGGAAAGGGUCCGACCUGUUCCUCUAUGCUGAUAGCAUCAAGGACUCGAAGUUAAGAAGCCAAGCAAAGAUCUUCGGCCUCAAGAGCGGCACCAAGAUCAUCUUUGAUAUUGAAGAGCCUAAGAGUGGUCGACAUUCGAGACUGGCCGUGAACGUAUGCCCCGCGGGUGAGGGUUCCAGUGGAGGUGACGAUCGAGGUCAUGGAGGCCGGAGCCGGCGGUCGAGGUCCAGAUCGCCACGCUCGCGCACACCGCCCAGGCGCAGAUCACCCACCCCUCGGCGGCGGCCGCCGCCAUCCAGGCGCCGCAGCGACUCACGUUGA